AUGAAGAAGGUGUUGCAGCGAAGGGGGCUCAGGCUGUGCAGGGCCCUCAGAGAACAGAAGGCGAAGCUUUACAUCAUCCGGCGCUGCGUCGUCAUGCUCCUUUGCUGGCAUGAUUGA